UCUUAAGGCUUUUUGUCCUUGCCGUUCCAUGCUCAAAAGUGAGGACCUGAUUUCUCUCGUUUCUCUUUCUCUCUCAACAGAUCUCGAUCUCGCCGAGGAAGACGAAGAAGAAGAAGACCAAACCCAGAUCAACAGAACAAUGUCGUCUUCCUCAAAGAAACAAACCCUAUUCAUAUCAACACUCAUCAUCUCAUGGUACUCCUCCAACAUCGGCGUCCUCCUCCUCAACAAGUUCCUCCUCUCAAAUUACGGAUUCAAGUUCCCUAUCUUCCUCACAAUGUGUCACAUGUCCGCCUGCGCCAUCCUCAGCUACAUCUCCAUCGUCUUCCUCAAGCUCGUCCCUCUCCAACACCUCAAAUCUCGCUCCCAGUUCCUCAAGGUCGCCACUCUCAGCAUCGUCUUCUGUGCCUCCGUUGUCGGUGGUAACAUCUCCCUUCGUUACCUCCCUGUCUCUUUUAAUCAAGCCGUCGGUGCUACGACGCCGUUUUUCACAGCUUUGUUCGCUUAUCUUAUGACCCUUAAGAGAGAGGCUUGGGUUACCUAUGGGGCUCUCGUCCCUGUUGUUGCAGGUGUUGUCAUUGCUAGUGGGGGUGAGCCAGGGUUUCACUGGUUUGGUUUCAUUAUGUGCAUUAGUGCUACGGCGGCAAGAGCCUUUAAAUCUGUUCUUCAAGGCAUAUUACUUUCUUCAGAAGGGGAAAAAUUGAACUCGAUGAAUUUGAUGUUGUAUAUGUCUCCUAUAGCUGUGGUUGCUCUUCUUCCAGUGACGCUAGUUAUGGAACCAGACGUGAUUAGUUUGACCUUGACGCUUGCAAAGCAACAUCAGUACAUGUGGAUACUUCUUCUGGUUAACUCUGUGAUGGCUUAUUCAGCCAAUUUGUUGAAUUUUCUGGUUACAAAACACACAAGCGCCCUCACUCUCCAGGUUCUUGGGAAUGCUAAAGGAGCAGUUGCAGUGGUGAUAUCCAUCUUGAUCUUUCAAAACCCGGUUACGGUUAUGGGAAUUGGCGGGUACUCCAUAACGGUGCUUGGAGUGGUUGCUUACGGAGAGACAAAACGCAGAUUUAGAUGAACUUUUAUAUACAUUCAGCAACACAGCGCUUCACACUCCCUAUGUUUGGUUCUUCAUAUGUUUCAUCAAGACUCGUUAAUUAGUGAUUUUUAUUUUUUUUGUAACUAUUCUUCUUAAUAUAAGCACUAUAUUAGAAUAUAUGUAUCAGAGACUCUGUGAUGAGAAGCUAUUGUUGUUCGUCUUCACACAACCACCCCUGUCUUUUUCUUUAUUUAUUUUUCGAAAUUAUAUAAUAAGAAUCACUGAAUUCA